AUGCAAAAAAGCGGUAUCUACUCAAGUCCCUACGCUGAACGUUUCAAUAAAAUCAGUGAAAAGCUUUCCUAAAUUCCUCUUUCUUAAGAAGGAUCUAGAGCAAACAGAAUCGAUAAUUUUGAAUAGCGUGUCCGUUAACUUGAUGAAAAGUUUAAUACAUCAAUUGAAUAAUACAAUAAGAAAAUUGCUGGAUUAAAAGAAGAAGUAUUCAAGCUUUAAAAGUUGGUUGAAGAUAACUCAAAGAGUUUCGAAUUAUAGCUUGAAACUCGUAAUAAGGAAAUUACCAACUUAGACAACAAACUUGCAUAAAAAUUAGAAAACGAAAUAGCUAGCCGUCGUGAUUCCGAAUCAAAGUAAGUGAGAUACUUAGAAGAAAAGAUCAACUUCCUCCGCGCUGAUAUUUCAACUGAAACUAAGAUUCGUUCAGAAAUACUUAGCUCUCUUAAUGCAACCUUAGAAGCUGAUCUUCCCAAGCUAUAUGAAAUAGUUAAAUCUGAAGGAGUUGAAAGAGAAAGCUGUGACUCUAUUACUCUUAAGAAGGCUGCUGAUGAAAUUAAGAAAAUCCAUGACUUCCUCGCUACCUAAAAGAGAACUCGUGAAGAAACUGAGUCAACCAUUUUCGAAAUGCUUAAGGAACUCGUAAAUAGAAUCAAAUCAGAGAUUGAUGAGGAAAGAAAGGAUCGUGAACAAUCUCAAGAAACUUUAGUUAGUCUCCUUGAAGAUGCUGCUAAUAAGCUAUGUGCAACUGCUCAAGUUUGA